AUGAACAACAUCAAUAGUGAUAUGUGGGAUACCCACAUUCAUUGCCUGGACCCCGUGCGUUAUCCCUUCAAACCAACCAGAUCAUACACGCCAGCACCAGCCCCUCUAGAGUUGCUGGCCAAGGAUACAAUCGCCAGAAAUAUUGUGCUAGUCCAAGCCUCAGUUGAAGAUGGUCAUUCUGCUCUGGCGAGUCAUCUCGGCCGUAUUCGCUCUGAAUAUCCAAAUGUGCUUGCACGCGGGAUCAUAUCUUUGGACGAGGAGAUAUACACAUUAUCAAAAGAGAAGCUGGACACCCUUCAUUCUCUUGGGAUCCGAUUUUGUCGCAUUCAUGGGUACUUCGGUGGUAGUUCUACAGACACCGCAAGUCUACAGAAUCAGAUCAAGCUCUUUGCUCGUUCCUACGCUGCCCGAACCUUGGGCUGGGGGAUCUCUGCUCAGCUCCCCUUCACAACUUGGCUUUCCCUGAGGCCCUUUUUAUGCGAUGACCCAGACGUCCUCCAUAUCCCAAUCAUCAUCGACCACGUUGGCUGUUUAUCGCCCGCAGAUAUAGAGGGCCCUGGCUUAGAUGACUUUAUCAUAUUACUGCAACGCGACGGGGUAAAUAUCAAAAUUUCUUCUCUCUACCGACGAGACAAAUCAAUUUCAAACAUGCGACUCAUAAUUCAAAGGCUAGCUGCCGAUGUACCAUCUGCUCUGCUCUGGGGUAGUGAUUGGCCCCAUGUGGACAGUUUAUAUCAGGGUGACAGCCCACCAUCGGUAUCGGAAGCUGUGGAUGCCAAGAAGGAACUUCUCGCCAUUACAGGAUGGCUUUCAGCUGAGCAAAUCUCGGCAAUGCUUGUCGAUAAUGCCAAGCGUGUGUUUGGUCCAUGA